AUGAAGGUGUGCGUGAGGUGUGCCACCGACUUGACACCCUUGGAUCCCUCGACUUCCAACCUCGAAGUCCGGGAGUCUAUAGCCAGAGAAGAGAAGGUCAAGAAGGAGGAGAGGGAGGAGGAGGAGGAGGAAGUAGGAGAAGAACAGGAUGGAGGAAGGAAGAAGGAAGAAAGAGAAGACGUUGAGAUUCUGGAAGAGGGGGAAGGUGGGGAUGAACCAACAACGCUUGGGAAGACGGCGAAGGACAAGUUGGCAGCCGCUGCUAGCCUCCCUAAACCCGAGGCGCUCCAAGGAGGACGUUCUGGUCACUCCCUGCAGGCGGCGAAGCUGGGCUCUCACCAGUCCCUCCAGGGACUCCACCUAGGCAGGAUCCCGCCCUCCUGCGCCCUCUGCUCCAGGGAAAGGAACCUAUGUAGAAUUAUAUCUGGCAUCUUCACCAGGUCGCCGCUUCCCUAUGGUUACUCUCUGGUCACGCCGGUGCCUGCUGGGGUGUGUAACCUCACCAUCACCGAGAUGAAACCUUCGAAAAACUUCUUUGCGUUGCGACGGUCAGACGGUACUUAUGUCCUCAACGGUAACUGGGACAUCGAGGCAGCGGGGCAGUACCAGGCGGCCGGCACCACCUUCCUCUACACCCCUUCCAGCGACGACCACGGCGAGCAGCUCUCAGCCCCGGGACCUCUCACACAGCCUAUCGACUUUAUGUUGAUCUCACAGAGUCCCAACCCGGGGAUCAAGUACGAGUACCGAGUUCCACUGCCGGAGUAUCUUGGCGGUGCUCCUUCGAGUGGGCUGACACCUCCUUCUGGAGGCCUGGGGACCCCAUCUGGGGGUCUAAGGCCCAAUAUGGGAGGAGGCCAAUUGACGCCCUUCCAGCCUCUGCCUCAAGGAAAUCCAAAUAUCGGUUCACGGAACCCGAAUUUCGGAAUCAGAAAUCCGGGUUCAGUUGGUGUGAAUCCAGGUGGCCAGAGUCUGUAUCCUUACGGCACCGGAAACACGGGAAUCCCAGGUGGGACCUUCGGGCCCAUCAACCCUGUCCUGACACCCGUUGCUGUAGGAGGUGAAGGUGGUCAGGUCAGUUUCAACUCCAGCGGCGUCCUCUUUUCUCCCAUCAAUCCCCAGGGAAGUGUAGGAACCAGUCCCUCAGGAUCGUCGAGGAAUAACUCUCCGUUUUUGGGAGUUCCUCUUGAUCCCUCGACGAAUGUAGGAUCCAGGGGUCCUGCUGGGAUUCCCGGCGUCCCUCCUCACAGCCAGCCGAUCACGCCCUUAGGAAGUACCACCAAGACCACAGGGUCUCUCCCCCUUCCCUGGAGUCCUACGUAUGGCCUGCAGGAUGGUGGAAGAGGAGUGCCAUUAGGGACGCCCUUCUUGCCGGGCCAACAGUACCCAAGAGCUCCUGGGGGAGGAUCCGUGCCCUCUGGUGUAGGACAGAGAUACCCAGGGCAGGGCAGGAGUGACGGAGGAGGCCUGGACGGUGGAACCCAUGACAGAGAAGGAGCGUCGGGUGUGGCGCCAUCCAGAGACAUAGGUUUCCCUCCGGAGUUUCCCAAGAAUAGUGUUCCUCUAAGGCCCAUCGCCAUCCCUCGGCCUGGCAGCCCCGGAGGAAGACGACCUCCAACAGGUGGCGUCUCUGGGCACCACAGACGUCCUCCUCAUGAGGCGACCACCCCGGCCACGCCUACAGAGACACACAGGACACGGCAUCAACAUGGCGCUAAACUCGGCCAAGGUCGACGAAAAAUUCCUGGCAAGUCUCCCUUCGACCCAGGAGUCCAAUUGACGCAGCCCAAUGUCUCUCCCUCCUCCACAACACACAACAGGACAGUCCCCAUAAGGCCCCCAAGGCGUCGAGGGAAGGGCAGCCGUCGACGCCACCAACAGCAGGACGGAGCCUCUGGAGUCCUAUCGGGUAGGAAGCAGAACCAGGAGAAGGACAGGAAGGGACGACACAGGAAGAGAGGUUCGAGAUUCCAGUGGGCCGAGAAAGGGUUCACUCCCUGCUCCCGACCCUGUGGUGGAGGUAACCAGACAGUGAUACUCUCGUGUGAGCGGAAGAGAAACAAGAAGGUGGUGCCUGACCGUCGCUGUGGUCACCUGAUACCACCUGAAACACGCACCGCUAUGUGUAACCUCACGCCCUGCCCAGCCGCGUGGAUGCCGGGGGAGUGGGGCCCUUGUAGCGUCACGUGUGGGAUGGGUGUUCAGACCCGCCCUCUGGUGUGCAAACAAGUGGUGUCCCCGAUCCUGACGAUGAUGGUGCCAGAGGGGGCGUGUCUCUCCCCAUCUACCGUCCCGACCUCGCAGGUGUGUGAAAUAGGUCGCUGCAGCAGCACUACGCCGGAGUGGGAGGCGGGGCCCUGGUCCAACUGCUCGGCGCCCUGUGGCUUGGGGACCCGCAAGAGGCUGGUGACUUGUGUGGUGGGCGGGGUGGCUGUAGAAGAGGACCUGUGCACCGCCACCACCAGGCCCGUCAAGGAACAGGUGUGUGACAUGGGCUCCUGCGCCACCAACACCUGGUUCUUCUCCAGCUGGUCCGAUCAGUGCUCAGAGUCGUGUGGGACGGGCGUGCAGACAAGGCGCGUUCACUGCCUGGCGGGAGGUGAGGUGCCGGAAAGUCAGUGUUCAGCCUCCACCAAGCCUGACGCCUCCAGACCCUGCAGCGGCCAGAGUGGUUGUGGCGGCCAGUGGUUCAUAGGGCCGUGGGAAGGGUGUAGCGUGGACUGUGGCAGCGGGAGGGAGACUCGCUCUGUUCUGUGUGUGAUGUACAGCCGCCAGCGAUGGAGGGUGACGCAGGACUCCCAGUGUAAGUUGGAGAUUCGACCCCCAGACUCCCGCGAGUGUAACGGCCAGCCCUGUACACCUGAUUGGUACACCUCCGAGUGGUCCCAGUGUUCGGCGUCGUGUGAAGGAGGCGUCAUGCGUCGUGAGGUAACUUGUCUUCACGCCAACAAAAAUCCGUCAGCCGAUUGCUACAACGUCACCAGACCGGACACCCGCCAGCCCUGCCACCUCCACCCCUGUAACGCCUCCGUCACCCCUCCUCCUGGCCCUGGUGAGCGCUUGGGUUCGACAGGAGGCAGUCAGGAGACACAGACUGGAGGGGAGAUGGCCGCCCCAUCAUCAGAGGACCUAAACAAAGAUGACGAAGACGACGACGAUGACUCUAUCACUAAGAGACCUGUGGAUAAAGAUGACGAUGGGGACGAGGACGAUGCAUUUGCUGCUUCUACUGACGAUGACCGUACAACCCAUCAGCAGGAGGAGGAAGGGGAAGAGGAAGAAGGAGAGGAAGAGAAUGAGUUAGUGGUGGAGGAGACAACAGGAAGUGCCAUCAAUGUUAUACCCGACAAGGAUGCUCAAGGAGACGAAUCAAUCUCGGAUGACGAGGAUGGGGAAGAGAAUGAUGAGGACAGGGAAGAGGAGGAGGAGGAGGCGAAGAAGAAGAAAAAGAGGAAGAGGAAGAAGGACAGGAAGAAGAACAGGGAGAGGCAACAUAAAACUGGAUCAACGGGGGAGAAUAACGAUAAAGAAGACACCCCGGUGGCCAUUGAUAAACCUACUUGUAUAGACCGGAUAAAGAACUGCCACUUGGUGUUCCGGGCGAGGUUGUGUCGUCUCAAGUACUACAACAAACUUUGCUGUCGCACUUGUAGCAACACCUGAAGACAACAUGAAGCUGAUAACUAACACUGCUGUAGAAAGUAGGAUGAUCAUUUGGCCAGAAAAAGAAAAGACAGUGAAAGGAUAAAAGAAGAAGAUAACAUGUAGCUCCUACUUGAAAGAGAGUCAGGGACAUUUAAAGUUGUUGUCUGAGAAUGAUGGAAAUAUAUUCACAGAACACGGGAUGCUGGAUGGAAAGAUGUUCAUAGAAAACGGGACGAUGAUCUCUACAGGAAACUGCAGUAUUCCUGUUAGAAUAUGAAAUGCUUCACUUUUAUUCAUUAAUUUGAUUGUGUUCAAGGAGUAGUCUCCAAUGCAUAACUAAUCUCAGGAGAUAAUAUUAUCAAAGUGCAGAGGCCAACACAUGCAAGUUGGCCUAAGUCUUUACCUACAUUAUUUUUUUGCUCUCUGGCGAAAACUUUUAUUCUUAGCACGAUAACUGUUCCCCCUUCCUAGUAAUAUAUUUAGUAUGAACAGAAAACGGAAGAGACUGUUCUCCUUCUAUAAAUAAUGUUAAAAGUAUGAAAAAGAAAAUGCAAAGUAGUAGUACAGAAGUUGGAAGUAGAUACGUUUGGUGAGUCUUAGAUUGUGAUUUCAGGCGUAACUCUACCAUACAUGAAGGAAACUGUCAGAAAGGAGGUUUAUUGGCAAAAUAUGACCCUAUAAACACUAUGUUUUAUCACAAGAUUCGAAAGUGUUGUUUCUUGUCGCUCUAACACACACACAAAAGAACAUUAGCUAUUACUAAAGAAAAGGGAUGUCGCCAAAGGUAAUCGUCACAGAAAAUGGCCACCAAAGAAAAUCGUGUCAAAGAAAAUGGUAAAUUGUCAAGGCAAACGAUGAUAACUUCAGAAAAUAGGUAGUGUUGAAUGACAAUAAUAGUACUUGUGACACAGUGACAAUGACAUUUACGAAAUAAAUGAUGAUGAUGAUGGUGAGGAUGAUAAUAAAAGCAGCUCUAACUGUGAUGGUAAUAGUGGUUAUGAUAAGGAUGAUAACGAUAAUAAAGAUAAUUUAUAUUGAUAAUUUAUGACUUACUGUAGUGUUACAAAACUCCACAAAAAUAUUACAGUGACGCAAAGGAUGAAUCAUUACUGUAGUGUCAGACGUAGAUAAGACGAAAUAUAACGGUGCUUAAAUGAAACAUGAAGACUACAUAACGGUGCCAAAAGUCAUAAAAAUGUGUAUAUAUCUGUUCUACUUAAACAGUUAAAAACGAGGGAAUAAAAAUAGUAUUGUAAGUGUCGUAAUGGAAACUAACCUCGAACCUUACUUUACCGCCAUGUCACUUAGAACUAUGUUACUUAGAAAUAUAAAAAAAUAUGUGGUAGUGUCAAUAAAGUGCUUAGAUACAAAGAGGCCAUUAAUAAAAAAGAACAUAAACUGGAAUUAACAACAAGCGAGAAUUGUGUUAAGGAUGCGAUAAAAAAAAACCCGUAAAUCCAUAAAAGAGACAAGAAAAGGACUACAGAAGAAACAACACUUAAGAGGUGAUGUGUUGAGGAGUCAUGUAACUAUUACUAAACUAUUAAAAAAAAUAAUGUUAAAAUAAAUUGAUUCAGGACCAGAUAGUAGAUGUGUUAACUGUUAUUGAUGGUGCUAUGAAGAGUGAGGUCCUUGUGUCGUGUUAGUAACCUCUCUCUCUCUCUCUCUCUCUCUCUCUCUCUCUCUCUCUCUCUCUCUCUCUCUCUCUCUCUCUCUUUCUUAAGUCCCCCAUACACGCUAAGAACGCCUAGGACAAGAUCGCUCGCGGACACCCAUGGACACUCUACUCAGUAACGAGGAGCUGAAUGUUCUCGCAGUUGAGGCAGUUGCUGUAGAGUUUUUAUCAAGGAAAGACGGAACCAAAUGGACGAAAAAGAGAUAGUGGUUAAUGAACAGGGACGGAUUAUCUUUUACGUCAUUAUUAGAUGAAAUGAGAUUAAAGACAGGAGAUUAGUUCAGUACCUCAGGAUGGACGAGUAGACUUACCUGAAGGUGUUGUCUCUGGUGUGUCCGUUAAUAGGCAAACAACAUGUAUGCGGAUAGUCGUUCCUCCACACGAGUGGUUGUUAGCCACUCUGCGGUUUCCUACAACAGGUGGCUGAUGUGUCUUUCCUUUCCUUUUAUCACUUAAUAAAUCGUAAGCUGCAUUAGUUUUUAACCUUGUUAGAAUAUUCCUUACUUUUUUCUUCCAUAAAGAGGUGUUUUCUCUAUAAAUAUCUAUGAACUGAGUCCAACUGCACACCUCCGAUCACUGCCACUGUUGCCAUCAAACUGAGCGUUGACCUGAGCGGUUACCCAGACACCUGCGCACGGUUCAGCGCAGGCCGGAGAGGGCGCCUAAGCGGGCAAAAAUCUUGGCCUGAAUCAGUCCCAGACACGUGCAAUUUUGCCGGAUGGGCCGGGCUGUGCGUGUAUAACGGGGCCCUUUAGAUACUUAAUUUCCUCCAUUCAUUCCAUUAUUCCCUUCUUUCAUUUCCUUAUAUGUUCCUCUUAAUUCACCACUUUUCUUCUUUCACCAUCCCUCACUUACUACCUCCUUCCCUCACCACCGCUCUCUCAUCACCCUCUCCCUUCCUCACCUACAUACACCUUAAAAUAUUUUCCUUAAAAGCAAUUUACUCUCCUCCAACUCUCCACCUGUGUUUCUCCAAGUGCAUAAUUCCUAACUCCCUCGGCCAUUCACCCGCACAGAUACUACCAUUGCCGUAAACAAGAGUAUAAAUGACGUAUUCACUGGUUAAUGUUUACAAUAUAACUGAAAGAUUAUAAAUAGAGUCAGCUGAUCAGCAUAAACAAAGGCAUGAAUGAAUGUUUUAAACUACACUACCCGGUCAACUGAACUAAUGUUUACACUAUGGUAUGAGUGAGCGAGUAUUAACGAAAAUAAAAACAUCUUUGUUUACUUGUGGACUCAAAGAAUUUAUGAUUAAUGACUACCUUCUCUUGUUUAACCUAUGAGACUUGUUCUCUCUUGUCAUUUCUCGUUUAUCAUCUGUUGCUCUUAUCAUUUACUUAGCAUUAUCUUUAUCGUAUUUUACUACAUGAUAUUACUUUUCUCACCUUGCUUGUAUUAAUGUUCAGUGUUUAGCGCGGGUAAUACUUAUUUUUUUCCUAUCAAAUAUAAAUGUAUGAAUAACCAAUAGAUACAGAUUUUCCUCAGUAUAAGGACACCUCUGUGUUCUUCUUGUUAUUCACUGUUAUUCAUUCGGUAUUUCCUUCAAUGUUCUGUUCUCGUUUGUGAAUGAGAUUACAGUCACUUCAUCCGAUACAGUUAUAGAUUCAGUCAAGGCUUCCUGUAGUGUUGUUGAUCGUUGUGAUGUUGUAUUGAGGUCCUGCUGAUGAAGAGAGAGAGAGAGAGAGAGAGAGAGAGAGAGAGAGAGAGAGAGAGAGAUAAGACUGUACCCCAACCCUCUUCACCCAUCACCUGAUCACAAGCAGAAAUUAUCCACACGAAACACACACACACACACACACACACACACACACACACGUCUUCUCAGCGUAUCUGGGUCAAUCCAGUCACGAUAUACAAUCCCUAGUCCAUUUAGAUUAUAUUCCAAGUAAGUAUAUAUAAAUAAAUAUAUAUAUAUAUAUACUGUAUAUAUAUACAGUAUAUACAAACAUAUAUAAUACUCCCUAUCCAAAUUUCCUUCAAGCUCUCUAUUCUAACCUCUAAUAUUUUUUCUUUUAUCUGUCUAUGGUAAAAUAGUCUGUUAAUUUCCGACUUCAAUCUUGUUAGAAUUGUAAAAUUUCCACCUGUCAGUUCUCUAUCUGUCAAAACGAACUGUCAAUUUACUCCUAUAACCUCCAAUUUCUUUCUAAUCCAGUCAGUUAAUAAAUUCCUGUCAAAACAGUUAGUUCCAUAAGAAAAAACUUUCCCUCCAGUCCAAAUACCAGUCACAUAUAACCCUGAAUUAUGUAAAAGAGUGUCUAGUAUAUCUGUUAUUAUAUAAACUUCACAGUAUAUCAAGGUAUAUAGAUGUCAGUCAUACGAUUUCGUCCAGUGUAUUAGUAUAACUGUCGUAUAUAAGCUUACAAACCCAGCUGUCUAGACGUAUUCAAUUGAUUACUUACCUGUAUGAACAUUGUCAGUGUUGCGUGCAGUACGUGUGGGAUAUUGACAAUCUUCCUUAUAGCCUCUAUGUGUCAAAUUCUAAAAUCACGUUCAGAUUUAGUCACUUCUAAUUGCUUUGUGUCAGAGUUAGAGUUAUCAGAUUUUAGAGAUGUCAGGUUUUAGAGAUGUCAGAUUACGAUAUGUCAGUCUUAGAGUCUUUUUUUUUAACAAUUUCUAAAUCACUCGAUGUCUAAAUGCUUUACAUCUGUCUUGUGACCUAUCAGAUUAUCACGUCACUCUCUCAGCUAAAUGCUUUCAAAUCAACAUAUGUCAAAAUCGUAUCCAAAUCAGAUCUUCCUAUUGUAUGACAUGUCAAAACUAUUGCUCGAUUACCUAUUGAAUAAAUAUGAACCUUACUUAAGAAAGAAUGCAAUUACAUAAACAAUAAUAAUAAUAAUAAUAAUAAUAAUAAUAAUAAUAGUAAUAAUAAUAAAAAUAACUUACCUUAGUAUAUCACUAUAAAGUACAGUUCACUUAUACGUGUUCAAGUAUAUAAGUAACUACCACUAUUUACUUAAGAAAUUUCACUUUUGACUGUUGUGAUAUAUAAAUGAUGGGUCACACGUAUCUCAUUUGUUGAAUAGUGUUUAAUAGUAACUUAUAAAUGUAGUGAAAGAAUUAAAAAUGAAUUCAACUGUGUACUAUUUCAUAACAGAGUCUGCUGCAGUGUUUCAUGUCUGGCCAAAGAGUUGUAGAUGCUCUUUAUAUUUCGUCAAUAUUAUCUUAUCUUAUCUUUUCUUAUUUCUCUCUAUAUAUUAUACAGUAUCAUUAUAUUAUUCCUCUUUAUUUUUUGUAUCAUGUUUUCUAUAUAAAUGUCUUAAUAUUAUUCAAGUUUAUA